AUGAGGGGCUACAGCAGUAACAGAGAGUACAUUGCCACUCAGGGCCCUCUGCCCUCUACUGUUAAUGAUUUCUGGAGAAUGAUUUGGGAACAAAGAGUUAAGAGGAUCGUUAUGGUAACCAACUGCAUUGAAGGAGGGCGGACCAAGUGUGAACAAUACUGGCCUGCAGACAGCAAGUCAUGCCUUUAUGGAGAGCUGUUGGUCACCAUGAGAUCUGAGCAACAGGAGACCAACUGGACGCUGAGAGAAUUCAACCUGAAAGAUAGAAAAACCUCAGAAGAACGGACAGUUGAACAUUUCCACUUUACUGCCUGGCCUGAUCAUGGAGUCCCAGAGUGCACAGAGGUCCUGAUCCAGUUCAGAGGACUGGUGAGACAGCACAUAGAGAGAGAAGGGGGCAAAGCACCAACUGUGGUUCACUCCAGUGCUGGAGUCGGGAGAACUGGCACUAUCAUUUCCCUGGAUGUGCUGCUUCAGCAGUUGGAGAAAGAACAAGCAGUCGGCAUCAAUGCCUUCGUACACAAGAUGAGACUGAGCCGACCGUACAUGGUGCAGACGGAGUCCCAGUACAUUUUCCUGCACCAGUGCAUUAUGGACAGUCUGCAACCAAAAGACACGAACGAAGAGAACAUUUAUGAGGAUAUAUGUGAGAACACAUACGAGACCCCAGACAGCAUAUACGUCAAUGCCACUGCACUCCAAGAGCUCCGUCGGCACAAUGUAAAUGCCUAG